CAGCUGUGACAGACGCCACACUGCUUGCUGUUUCGAAAAUGAAACUGGCGUCGAUGGAUCCACAAGAAAACGAAAACGAGACGGUCAUUAAAUAAAAUAAAAAAAACGUGGAUUCACUGUUUUAAUCUGGCGAAGAGGUGGCAGAAGAACACAACUGUAAGGAGUCCUUGUGGCGGGAUUUUAGAGGUGACAUUUUUGUGAGGGAGGCAGGCCUAUGCUGUCAAACCACGACAACAACAACACCUGAAUCGGUGCUCCUGUGUUAGCUUCCUGGGAAUGUUGAGCAAACACCAGAGCUGGAUAGGACGUACUAUACUGCAAUGGAGUCUGUAGCAGUGGGCUCGGCUACUUGGUGAGACUGAAGCUGCUGUCACUAUGGCACACUUUGACACAGAGUACCAGCGCCUGGAGGCGUCCUACAGUGACUCUCCCCCUGGAGAGGAGAACCUGCUGAUGCAUGUGCCUGAAGGAGCCAAAUCACAAUGGCACCACAUAGAGAACCUGGACCUGUUUUUCCAGAGAGUCUAUAAUCUGCACCAGAAGAAUGGAUUCACCUGUAUGCUUCUGGGAGAGAUCUUUGAGCUAGUUCAGUUGCUGUUUGUGGUUGGCUUCACAGUGUUCCUAGCUAACUGUGUGGACUAUGACAUACUGUUUGCCAACAAGUUUGUAAAUCACACCGAUUCCUCUAAAGUCACCUUGCCUGAUGCCUUCCUCCCAGUGGAUGUCUGCAGUGCCCGUAUCCGAGACAAUGCGUUUGUGAUCUUUGUGCUGAUCAUCUCUGGGGUGUUUUGGCUACAUCGCCUGGUAAAAUUCAUCUAUAAUGUCUGCUGCUACUGGGAGAUCCGAUCCUUCUACAUCAACGCACUCAAGAUGACCAUGUCCGAACUCCCCUAUGCAACAUGGCAGGAGGUUCAGGCCAGGAUAGUGGAGAUCCAGAAAGAACACCAGAUCUGCAUCCAUAAAAAAGAGCUGACCGAGCUUGACAUUUACCACCGCAUCCUCCGCUUUAAAAACUACAUGGUUGCCAUGGUGAAUAAAUCUCUCCUUCCUGUGCGAUUUCGACUUCCUACGCUUGGGGAAAGCGUGUUCUACACCCGGGGUCUGAAAUACAACUUUGAGCUCAUCUUCUUUUGGGGACCAGGGUCUCUGUUUGAAAAUGAGUGGAGCCUGAAACCAGAAUACAAGAGAGGAGGGAACAGGGCUGAGCUGGCAGACAGGCUAGCAUCCCGUAUUCUAUGGAUUGGGAUUGCCAAUUUGCUGCUGUGUCCAGUUAUUCUUGUGUGGCAGAUUCUCUACGCCUUCUUUAGUUACACAGAGGUGAUCAAGCGAGAGCCGGGCUCUCUGGGAGCAAGAUGCUGGUCUCUGUAUGGUCGAUGUUACCUGCGUCACUUCAAUGAGUUGGAUCAUGAGCUCAUGUCACGCCUCAGCAAAGGCUACAAGGCUGCAUCCAAGUAUAUGAACUGUUUCCUGUCACCACUGCUGACGGUGGUUGCCAAAAAUGUAGCGUUUUUUGCCGGGUCUCUCCUGGCCGUGCUCAUCGCCCUGACUAUCUAUGACGAGGAUGUUCUCGCAGUGGAACAUGUUCUCUCAUCAAUCACUCUGCUUGGAGUGUGUAUCACAGUCUGCAGAUCAUUUAUACCUGAUAAGCACAUGGUGUUUUGUCCUGAGCAGCUAUUGCGGGUUAUCCUGGCUCACAUCCACUACAUGCCUGACCACUGGCAGGGUAAUGCACAUAGAUAUGAGACCCGUGACCAGUUCUCCCAGCUCUUCCAAUACAAAGCCGUCUUUAUUCUAGAGGAGUUGAUAAGUCCAGUGGUGACUCCCAUUAUCCUGAUCUUCUGUCUGAGGAGGAAGUCUCUGGAGAUCAUUGAUUUCUUCAGGAACUUCACUGUGGAGGUGGUCGGUGUAGGAGACACUUGCUCCUUUGCCCAGAUGGACAUCAGGCAGCAUGGACACCCUGCGUGGAUGUCAGAGGGGAAGACAGAGGCGUCUAUCUACCAACAGGCAGAGGAUGGGAAGACAGAGUUAUCUCUGAUGCACUUUGCCAUCACUAACCCCCAGUGGCAGCCGCCUCAGGAGACCACACACUUCAUCAGCCAGCUGAAAGAACGAGUUCACAGAGAGGCCGCAGGGGCUCCUUCAGAUACACAUCCCCUCUCACUGUCUGAGUCUGAGCCAAGGAGCCUCGUUGCAAACUUCUUGGGAGGUCCCUCUACGCUGGCCUCCGUUCAUUUCGGCAGGGAUGGCUCUUUGACCAAUCAUGCAGCAGCUGGCAUAAGUGAUGGGGCAUCUGCCUUACGCUCCCUUUCCCCAGUCAGCAGCAGUCUUCACUUGAGAGGCAGUUUGAGUGCAGCUCACAGAGCAGCUGGCCACACUUCAGCCAUGAGCAAAGCAAUGGCAGGGUCUGGGACUGAUGCCCGAACUGUGAGCUCAGGCAGCAGUGCAUGGGAGGGUCAACUGACCAGUUUGGUCCUGUCAGAGUAUGCCUCCACUGAGAUGAGCAUCCAUGCACUUUACAUGCAUGAGCUACACAAGCAACAGUCCCGCGGCGAGCUAUCCCGUCACACAUGGCACAGGCAGGAGAGUGACGAAAGCAGUGACAGCGUCCCUGAUGAAGUGAGAAGUGAACCCAACCCUCACUCCAGACAUUUCCCACGCUCACACACUUUCCCCACAACAGUCCCCAGUCCCAGUGCUAUUCCCACUUCAGCUUCAGCCACCUGUAGUACCACCCUGGGCCAACAGGGGGCUCCCUCGCAGAGCAGCACCCAGCACCGCUAUAGUGGACCUACCACAGACUCUUUUGGUGCAGGUGGGAAAGUAGUGAGGUCAGCCCGUCUGCCCAUGGGAGGGUGGGCAGAGGAGGGUCAGGCAGCACCACGACACCAUGAACCACUACCAGAGGAGAGUUCAGAAGAUGAAAUGCCUCCUCACAUACACAGGGUUACAUAACCAUGCCAUGUGAAGAAGCAUCAGCGUCCCACUCUCCAUAUAUAAAAAAACCCACACCCUUUUCCUUGACCAAACUUUUGUCCAGGAUUGACCAUCUGACCUGACACGGGUGAAAAUGGACAGGAGUGGUGUCCCAUGAACACUUUACUUGUAAAAUCAUCUGGACAAGUUAACAUUGAUGCCACCACCAACCUUUCAAAGAUAGUAAACUCAGCAAAAAAAGAAACGUCCUCUGACUUUCAACUGUUUUUUCUUUCAGUAAACUUAAUGUGUGUAAAUAUUUGUAUAAACACUAAAAGAGUCAACACCAUAAGACAUAAACGAAAAAUGUUUCACAGACAUGUGACUAACAGAAAGAGAAUAAUCUGUCCCUGAAUGAAGGGAGGCUCAAAAUCAAAAGUGCCAGUCAGUAUCUGGUGUGGCCACCAGCUGCUUGAAGUACUGCAGUGCAUCUCCUCCUCAUGGACUGGACCAGAUUUGUCAGUUCUUGCUGUGAGAUGUUACCCCACUCUUCCACCAAGGCACUUGCAAGUUCCUGGACAUUUCUGGGGGGAAUGGCCCUAGCCCUCACCCUGCGAUCCAACAGGUCCCAGACGUGCUCAAUGGGAUUGAGAUCCGGGCUCUUCGCUGGCCAUGGCAGAACACUGACAUUGCUGUCAUGCAGAAACUCACGCACAGAACGAGCAGUAUGGCUGGUGGCAUUGUCCUGCUGGAGGAUCAUCUCCGGAUGAGCAUGCAUAAAGGGUACCACAUGAGGGAGGAGGAUGUCUUCCCUGUACCGCAAGGCAUUGAGAUUGCCUGCAAUGACAACAAGCUCAGUCCGAUGGUGAUGUGAUAUACCGCCCCAGACCAUGACGGACCCCCCACCUCCAAAUCGAUCCCGCUCCAGAGUACAGGCCUCGGUGUAACGCUCAUUCCUUCAACGAUAAACACGAAUCCGUCCAUCACCCCUGGUGAGACAAAACCGUGACUCAUCAGUGAAGAGCACUUUUUGCCAUUCCUGUCUGGUCCAGCGAAGGUGGGUUUGUGCCCAUAGGCGGCGUUGGUGCUGGUGAUGUCUGGUAAGGACCUGCCUUACAACAGGCCUACAAGCCCUCAGUCCAGCCUCUCUCAGCCUAUUGCGGACAGUCUGAGCACUGAUGGAGGGAUUGUGUGUUCCGGGUGUGACUCGGGCAGUUGUUGUGGCCAUCCUGUACCUGUCACGCAGGUGUGAUAUUCGGAUAUACCGAUCCUGUGCAGGUGUUGUUACACGUGGUCUUCCACUGCGAGGAUGAUCAGCUGUCCUUCCUGUCUCCCUGUAGCGCUGUCGUAGGCGUCUCACAGUGCGGACAUGGCAAUUUAUUGCCCUGGCCACAUCAGCAGUCCUCAUGCUUCCCUGCAGCAUGCCUAAUGCACGUUCACGCAGAUGAGCAGGGACCCUGGGCAUCUUUCUUUGGGUGUUUUUCACAGUCGGUAGACAAGUCUCUUUAGUGUCCUGCGUUUUUAGAACUGUGACCUUAAGUGCCUACUCUCUGUAAGCUGUUAAGGUCUUAAUGACCAUUCCACAGGUGCAUGUUAAUUAAUUGAUUAUGGUAAAUUGAACAUGCAUGGAAAACAUUGUUUAAACCCUUUACAAUGAAGAUCUGUAAAGUUGUUUGGAUUUUUAUAACAUUAUUGUUGAAAUACACAGUCCUGAAAAAGGGACGUUUCUUUUUUUGCUGAGUUUAUAUUACUUACUACACACCAGUCAGGGUAUACAUCUGAAUUUGUGAAUCAGAAGAGGACCUACAGGAUCAAGUUAUUUCUACUAGCCAUUAAUACCAUCAGAUUAUACUACGCUCUUUUAUAGUGUCAAAAGAUUACAUGAUGAAGGUGCAUGCCUUGCUGCGAUGUUAACAAAACUUGGGAACACAUUAUCCUUGGCGCUUUGCCUGCUGUAGCAAUUUGCCCAAAAUGUGAUCACAAUAAUCCAAUUUUUGCUAUCUGUAUUGUUUCCCUCUUUUACAAAUCCGAUGGCAACAGAAGUGAAAUUUGAAGAAUGUGUGGUGUCUCUCCAACAAUAACAGCAUUCAACGAAAUGUGUUCAGAAAGAUUCUGUUAACACACUGACUUUCAUUGUGUAUCUAUUCUUGUACCAAUAGCAGGAGGGUAUGUAUCCUACCCUGUGCUCUGUAUUUCAGCUUGCAUUCUGCCUCCUUGCAAAACAUUGAAGGCCUCAAAAAUUCAAAUUCACUUUUUCAGAUUUUUAAUAACAUAUUUCCCUCCUUAUAGAUUUUUUUCUUAUUGCAUUAUAAUGUUCAUUUGAAGUUUCUAAUAUGUUCUGAAACUUUUCACAGAGUCUGCCUCCGUUGCACAGAAAAACGUUUGUAUAAAAAUUAAUUGUACAGCCUAGCCUGGUAUUGUGCACGUACACAUGCACUGUGUAAAUAAAUGUUAUCAAGUUGUUUCAAGCAGUCAUUCAGAAUAUUAAAUUAAUCAAAUUUACACAAUUAUAAGGCCAACAUUUUGUAAUGUGUAACGCGAGAUGCUGUAUGCAAGCACAUUUUAAUCUGAUUUAACCCAUGUUUUUAUUAACCAUUCUUUUUUUUUUUUUUUAACAGACUUGGCACAGCAAACAAACAAGGCUUUUUUAAGCAUGUAAUAUUGACUUUUGUGCCAUACAAAAAGCCCUUAAGCACAAGUGCAUGACUAUCAUCCACACAUUCUCCUGAAGAGUUGUAACUCAUCUUCACAGUAAGAAUAUUGUUCAAUGGCCAUCCUCCACAUCCUGCUUAAUACAGCAUGACUGUACCUUGUUCCCCUGUCAUUAGGCCAUGCAAUUCUUUAAAAGAAGUAUGCACUUUAAUAGUUUGUUAAUGCAGAGGGUGUCAGUUGUUUAUAUGUGUAUAUUUUAUUUAUCAAAGGGGUGUGCCAUGAUGAUUGACGGUUGUGAAUCCAGGUUGUGUUUUCUGUUGUGCAUUUGGGAUCGGGAUAAAGAAGCACUGACACUUGUAACAGACUAAUAAUGUGGUCCAGGAUGCUCACAGUGAUUCACUGCGGUAAAAGCGACUGUUUGAGGAAGUUCUGUUGUUUGUUUAAUAGAUCCUGUAAAAUACCAUUUUGUACAGCUGUAAAUUCAUCCAAUAAAGACGAGGCAAUGAU